CGACGCACAGUGAUGACGCACUGAGACGUAUCCAAUUUGCGACGCGCUUGACAUUUUUCUUCCCAUGAGGGGUUCGGUUCGCAGUAAAACGUUAAGACACAGUUAAACCGUGACUUCUUCUCAUCUACGACAUAAUGUCUUUUCAUGACGACGAAUCCUCGGACCUGGGACUGGCGGGGCAAACCAAGCUGGAGAGCUUCCUGUUCAGCUGCGAGCUCUCCUCCAAAGUCCCGUUUUACACAUUCCAGGAAGAUGAGGAAGAAGAGGAGGAGGAGGAGGAGGAGGGCCUGGAGCACUUCCUAGAGCUAAGAACAGUUUGUCUAGGAGAGGGUGCCAAAGAGGAGAGCAACGUGGUGGAGGUCACAGCCAUGAACCACCAAGGAAAGACUGUGUCAGUGCCCAUCGCCAACCUUCACAUUAGCUGUCUACCCAUGGUGAGUCUAGGAGAGUUUGAACUCAAAGCACCAGUGACCAUCAGAUUAAAGGCGGGAUCAGGACCAGUAAAUGUCAGCGGACUGCACCUCAUUGCAUCAAAGGUGGAAGACUCCGAUCUGUCUGGAGAGGAGGAUGAAGAUGAUGAUGAGGAGGCUGAAGAGGAGAUCACCCCUAUCAAACCUGCGAAAAAGAAGCAGAAGCAGUAGAUGAGAGGCUGUUCGAGAAUUUUGGAAGGGCCUUAUUAAGUUAUUGAUUUAUUUGUACACCAAACACCAGUCUUUUGUUUCAAACAGAGACUUUAUGCGGAGCUGCAGCUUCCUGUUCACGGCCUUGUGACUCUUACUGUGUGCUGUGGAUGCCUCUCCUCUCAGUCAGAGCAGCUCACCUAUCUGCUCCACCUAGGACAUUACUUGUAAAAUAACUUUUGCUACUAAAUAAUCCCUAGUGGUUUUUUUACUGCUAAUCAUAGAAGUCACAACCCACUCAUGUGGAGUGACCGCACCGAUGGUAUAAGCUACAUCUUUUAUCUCCAGUGGAUUUUGGUAAAUUUUGAAGAUGACUGUUCUUACAGUACACAUUUAAGAACACAUUCCAACAGAUGUGACUUCAAGACAAAAAAAAAAAAGAUUUUCCAGAUUGCUCUUAUAUAGGUCCAUACAGAAUAUCAAAUGUCUGAUUAAAAGUGUUUCUACUUGCAGGUGUUUGAACUUCAAAGUACUGUUUUUCUAUAAAAGUAAAUGUGAACAUUUUGUACAUGCAGUGAA